AUUGUCAUAGUUAAGCAAAUAAUUUGUUUGUUUUUUUUCAGAGGUAAUUAAUAUGUGAGGGAAAAUUCAAUAUUCAAAUAAAUUCAAAUCGUUCGCGCUUAGUUCUUAUCUUGGUAUAUUUUUGCCCCGUAAAAUGGUGAAUUUGCGUAAUACGACUGUGGUCACAUUGUUGUUAGGAAGUUUAUUUAUUGCAUCCACUAAGUGUAGGGAUUAGGAUAAACCUACACACACACAUACUAUAAUUAGUUUGAAUGGCUGCAUCGUUUGUUUGCAACCACAGCAUCUUCAAACUAAUCAGUAAGUUAGCUGAAUUGCAGUUGCAAGAUGAACGCGCUGAAAGCCAAGAACCAGAUGCAAAUCUUCUGCUGCCUGCAACAGCUGAAGUUUCCAGGCGUCGCACACAAAUCUACGAAGCUUUGCUGCGCGGGAACGCAAAAAGUUAUUUUUGUGACAAACUGGAUGAAUUGCCGCAGUGCAGCAAGCUUUUGAAUGACCAGAGUGGUUAUUUCGAUGCUGAACUGAUAACCGACAUUACCCAUUGCCUGCAAAACAUAUCCUUUGAGACAAAUGGCGGAAGAAGAAGAGCUCAACUGCUGCUCCUACGAUUGGAACGGGCUGGCAGAAAUACGUUUGAAUCGCAAGUCUUGCUACCGGAGCCAUUGCGCUUGAAAAGGACAUUUCACAGCGGGGGUCAAGAGUUAUAUCAGUCGCUCUGCUUUCAGCCUACGGUAUUUCGAUCCAUUCCCCGCAGCACCAAAUACCGUACGCCUCGUCUGCUAAUCGAGAAUGGCAGCAACUCGUAUUUUACGCUACGGUCAGCAGGAAAACCUAUCGAGAAUUGCCUGGAACAAAAUCCUUACUGUUCUGCUUGGCGUGAAAGCGUCGCGCGCUUCAAGGAAUCUAAGACACUUUCGACUCCAUUGCGAUAUAAGUUGCCACUUCCGGCUAAGCCCAAGGAAACAAUUAAGAAGAAAAUCAAGCAAAUUAAUCGACGCCCUGAGAAACAUUUUUUCUCGGAUUUGAGUCUGUGUAACGAAAUCAAUUGGCAUCGGGAUCGAAGUACUAAAGUGUAUUUUAUUGAGCUGCCCCUCUUGAUCGAUCACUUAAAAAAGGUUUCAGUUGGACUGCAAUCGGAAACAUUUUUGUUGACACCCGAUGGUUAUUUUUUUCUGCGUCCGCAUAGAACAGUGAAAACUCUGCUCCCGAAUGUAUUGGCUGACUAUGCACAGCCCUUUUUGGAUGCUGGUCGUGCCUAUCUGCGACUCUGCUUUCGGACCCAGUGGGACCUGGAUUACGAACAGAUAGAGCGUCCCAUGAACCGGACAAUGCGCCAUGCAAUUAUUGCUCUUAUGUCGAAUAGUCGAACGUUUUUGCUCUCGCAGCCAGCCAAGAAUUUAUCCGAACUGCUCCAUAGUGCCACUCCCACCAUGCGAUUGUUGCAACAAAUUGAUCAAAUGUUUCAGAACGAACCCUCUGCAAAUAUUGCGAAUGGUGCAACUGGUGCCAGCCUGUUGAGCGUAGUUUGGUCCGAGAUUGAUGCCUGCGUCAACAUACAGUACCUGCAAAUAUUAAUGUACCUGCUGAGAUUGAUCUGUGAGACAUACUAUCGUCAGUUGCAGCGUUGGCUCUAUGAGGGUGAACUCGAUGAGCCAUUCAACGAGCUAUUUAUUAGCUCCACAAAAGGCUUGGACGAGCAGAGCAAAGAGUUCUUCGAUAAGGGUUUCCAAGUGAAUAGAAAUAUGGUUCCCGGAUUUCUUGCUGGCAAUGAGCAGGCCAUUGUCCAGUGUGGCAAGUAUAGUCGACUACUAAAACGCUACAAUGCUCAGAAUGCACUUUUCAGAUGGAAACCUCCCAACUUGUCCGUGUGUUUGACGGAAGAGCAAUUGACAAAUAUGCAAAACAAGUUAAAGUUCCACUACAAAUGCUUUCUAGACAGCAUCACGCCAUUUAGCAUGCAAAGCAUGCUCGAGGAGCGCACUCUACAUAGCCAUCGUUUUGGCAAUCGCAUGUGGAGCUGCACCCAAGAGCGUAUUGCGGACUGGGAGGAGAAUCAGCGAGAGUUGCUGUCAAAAGCGAACGAGGGCAAACAACGUCGUUAUGCGGAGUUGAACAAUGAGCGAAAGGAGGAGGAAGAGUCGCGUUUAGAGCAACGACGCCAGGAGAUUGUUGCGGAGCUCAUGCUUCGCGAGAAAUGUGAGCAGCAGAAUGAAGUGCGGCUGCAACGUGAAAAACUGGCGUUGGAGAAGCAAAUUGCAGCUUUGCAACAAAUUUUACAGCCGUCUCCGCUCAAUGCUGUUGAAGUCAGUCCGGAUGGAAGUUCUAGCAGUGGACGUAGCUUCGUUUCCUGCUGUGAGGAACUUUCCUCGGAAGCCAAAACUGCUGAAGAUCUUGCUAUAGAGGAGGAUUCAAAGGAAGAACUCGAGGCAACAGAAUCGCAAGAAAAAGUAGAAACGGGACCAGCAGAUGAGCAGAACUCUAAUGUGCUAUUCACAAAAGAAAAUCCGAAUUGUCAAGAACCAGCUGCAGAAAAGAAAGAUUUCGAGGAUAAAGAAGUCUCUCAGUUACCCAUGAAUCUCGAGCCAGCAGAUGUGCAGAAUUAUAAUGCGUUGGUCACGGAAAUCGAUCGGAAUCGUCAGCGCAAUAUAUCCUCGGGCCAGUUUCUGGAAAGCCAGACGCAAGUGGAGCUGCGUCAGAACACAGCCACUCAAGGGCUGACGGAUGCGGAAAGCAAUCGAUUGCGAGUGCUUAACUGCACAGAUGUGACGGCUCAAGUACCUGCAGAUGAGACAACUAAAAAGAAGGUUUUAACAGAUGCUGAAAGCAAUCGCCUGAGAGUGCUCAACUGCACGGAAUUGACGGCUCAGCUGCCCACAGAUGUCAAUAUGAAUGUUGAAAACUUAAGCGAAUUGCAGCGCAAUCGGCAGCGAAUGCUGCAUCAUCAGCACUUUGACACUUUAAAUGGCGUAACUCUUAAAGAGAAUAAAACCGUGGUGCAUGUAGAAAAUGACUCGGAGAGUAAUAUUAAAUUGCACUUGCCAUUGGAGCCUCACAAGCUGUUUGUGGAGCCAACUUUAGACACAGCAACGCCUAUGUCAACCACAUCGGAUAUCGAGAUUGAGCUAUGUAUACCAAAAGAAACGAUUGAUGCGGCCAACAACAAUGUCAAUGCAGCAGUCGAAUGUAAGGAUGUUGAGGAGCGUCAAGAUGACGAUUCAAAAAUGUACGAGAUGACGCCGAAAAAGUUGCCGAAGAACCCGGAAAUGACAAGGAAAGCUUUUAACUGGAGUAAACCAGUUUUCCAGCUUCAUCAUAACGAGCUUUCAAGUCAAUCUUGGCGCUUUCAAUUGCCCAAAGAGCAUAAUCCUUUUUUAAUUAAGCGAUAUGUGGAGCAGUCGAUAUUGUUGCCAUUGGAUACCCAUUUGUCGCUGCUACGCAACGAAGUGCUGCGCAUCUUCGAUGACCUCAAUGUGUAUGAGCAUUUUUGCCAGCUGCGAAACUAUUUCUUCUUGCUGGAUGGGGAGUUUGGCACAGCGCUGGUUGGCGGCAUUUUGGAACGCAUUGAGGCGGGCAUGGAACCGCGAAGUUUAUGCCAAAAGGGCACACUUGAUAUGAUUUUGAAGAAUGCUCUUGGCCGAAGUGCAACUGAAGCUACAGGUGCGGCAGCUGUAUUCGUUGAGAAUCUCACUUUGAUAUGCUCAAACAUUCCGGAAUCUUUUGAUCUGAUGAAUAUAGAUGUGAUGUCCAUAUUCACUUUGGAUUGCAAAGCUGAUUGGCCACUCAAUUUGGUCAUAAGCGUAGAGACUAUGCAAAAGUAUACACAUAUCUUCUCGUAUUUGCUGAAGCUGCGUCAUGUCAGCUUUAUGCUUGAGCGUACCUAUCAACAUCUCCAGGAGUUGUCCAAGCUCCACGGCAAGGCUAUUCACAUGGCACCACAAUAUCGUCACUUGCAAUUGGUUCGUCGCAAGUUGUCGCAUUUUGUACUCACAUUGCAAAAUCAUCUGGAGACGAAUGCACUGCAGGGCACUUGGCGGACCUUUAACGAUAAACUCCGCAAAGUGGAAACUGUCGAGGAAUUAUAUCAACGUCACGUGGAAUAUGUAAAACAAAUUGUUUUCAUCUCUCUGCUGAACCGACAAAGCGCAAAGUUUCGAAAUACAAUUGACAGUAUUCUAGUGAUUGUUUUACGAUUUUGCAAGAUCCUGCACUCAAAAUCAUUUGUCUUGGACCAAAAUCAAGAAUUUAUUCAUCCGCGUUAUAAGCGUUUAGUAUUUGAAGAAACCGAGUUUGAAAAGUUUAUGCUUUAUGUUAUUUAUCUAGGCAACAAGAUUGAUGCGUCUGGAUAUAACGAGAAAAUUGUUGAGCUCAUAAGUAUUAUCAAUUUUAAUAAUUAUUAUAAUAUAACAAAUGGCCCAAAAUCAAAUUAAUUAAAAUGUUAAGUAAAUGCUUAGAUAAACAAAUGCUUAUUGUAUAAAUAAAUCAUGUGCUAAAUAAUAAAAAUACACCCAUAUUGAA